CCGGCCCAACCCCACUCAUCCCCAGCAGCCCCAGUCCGGCGGGAGCAGGGGAAGGGGCAGGCGGGGAGUAGCCGCCCGGCUCCGGUCCCCGCCACGUGUCGGCCCAACCCCGGAUUCCUCAUGGAUUACCUGACGGUACCGGACGCGGGGCCGCCCCGGGAUGGGGAGCAGGCGGGCCUCAGCGCCGCCGCCUCCCAGAAACCCCAAUCGCAGUCCUCCUUUGUGGGGGUCCACUCCGCGACCCCUCACCCCCCCGCCUACCGCCCGUCCCGCUCCCCCUCCGUCUUCUCCCGCUCCCAGUACGGCUUCCGCGGCAACAGGUCCGGCUCGCAGCCUACCCUCCUCAUCCACUCCAGGCGGGUCGGGUCCAGAGACAACGGGGCCCCGAGCUACGUCUACCAGAGAGGCCAGGACCCCUGGAGCCAGAAGAGGAUGCUGCAUAAGCUCCUGGCUUUAAUGACGAUGAAGUUGGAUAAACUGAGGCAGCUCUUCAAGAAGCUGAUCCAGUCUCCGUUCUUCGAGGCCUUCGUCCUCUCGGUGGUGUCCAUCAACGCCAUGGUGCUGGUGGCCCAGACCUUCGCCGAGGUGGAGAUCCGGGGAGAGUGGUACUUCACGGCCGCGGACUCGGUCUUCCUCAGCAUCUACCUCCUGGAGGCGGCCCUCAAGCUCAUCGCGCUAGGAUCCAGCUACUUCCACAACUACUGGAACAAUCUCGACUUCUUCAUCACGAUCAUGGCCCUGCUGGACUUCGUGCUGCCACAGAUCUACAACGCCAUGACCAUUCGCCACGCCGGCACUAACACCUUCCGGGUCCUCAAAGUCUUCAAGGGCGUCCGAGCCCUGAGGACCUUCUGGGUGCUGCGGAGACUCCGCUUCCUGAACAGCCUGCAGGAAGUGACGGGGACCCUGGCUCGCUCCUUGGCAUCUAUCGGAGCCAUCCUGGUGCUUAUGUUCAUCUGCCUCUUCCUGUUCUCGGUGAUCCUGCGGGCCCUGUUCCGCAACACGGACCCCAAGCGGUUCCAGAGCUUGUUCACCACGCUGUUCACCCUCUUCACCAUGCUCACCCUCGACGACUGGUCCCUCAUCUACAUGGACAGCCGGGCCAAGGGGGCCUGGUUCAUCGUGCCGAUCCUCAUGGUGUACAUCAUCAUCCAGUAUUUCAUCUUCCUGAACCUGGUGGUGGCCGUGCUGGUGGACAACUUCCAGAUGGAGCUGCUCAAGGGGUUGGAGAAGGAGAAGCAAGAGAAAGCAGCCCGACUCCAGGAGAAGCUCCUGGAGGAUUCUCUGACAAAGCUCAAGGAGACAGACAAACAGGAGGAGAUGCACAAGAUCACGGUUCAAGACCAAAUAGAGAAGGAGAUGAAGGGUCUAACGGAGAGGCAGCAGCAGCUCCACUUGAUGUUCCUGCAGCUGAUCGCUGGAGUGGAGGUCCAGCAGCAACAGUUCCGCUCCCAGACGGCCAUCACCGAUGAGAUCGUGGACACGGUUUUCGAGGCUGGAGAAGAGGACCUCAAAAGGUGAAGCCCACCCGACACCGGACACCGGAAAAAGCCACGGACUUCUCACGGUCCGAGGGGGUGGGGCUCCCCCGGGAUUGCUAAUUCAGAUGUUCUUGACAGACA